AUGCCCAGCGAUGCUGCUGAAGCGAGGGCCAUGGCUGAGCUGCUGCGCCUGAUGGGGUGGACGUGGGUGGGGCUGGUUUCUGCAGAUGACGAUUUUGGCAGAUUCGGGAUUCAGAUGUUAAUGGACGCACUCAGAGGAACGGAAGUGUGCGUUGCCUUCCAUGAAGUCAUUCCAAAGGACUAUGCAAAGAUGGCAAUGCAAAAGGUUGUUGACACCAUUAAGAAAUCAACAGCUACGGUGGUGGUAACAUUCCUUAUAGAUCCGGAUGCAAAGGCUUUGUUUGAUGAAGUGGUUGAACAGAAUGUGACAGAUAAACAGUGGGUUGCUAAUGACGCCUGGAUUACAUACAGCGUCCUCUCGGUCCCUCGUUACGUUCCCUCGUUGGCUGGGACUCUAGGAUUUGCUCUUCGAAGGGCAGAUAUUCCUGGACUGGGAUCCUUUCUGGCUCGUCUUCAUCCCAGUUCAUCCAACUCAGACCCUUUUGUGAAGGAACUCUGGGAAUCACUGUUUGGAUGCUCUUUUAGUGCUGGACUGGGGAUGAAAGUGUGUUCAGGUUCAGAGGUCAUAGACAUUGGGGAGAGUUUAUACUCAGAUGUGUCUCAACUAAGAAUCACCUAUAAUGUCUACAAGGCUGUGUAUGCUAUCGCUAAUGCAGUUAGAGAGAUGCUGGCCUGUGAACCUGGAAAAGGUCCCUUCCUGGAAUGCUGGUGUCCUGAUGUGUGGAGUCUGCAGCCUGUGGAGAUAGCUCACUACCUGAAAAAGGUGAACUUCUCAACACCUCUGAAGGAAAGGAUGCACUUCGACAGGAACGGAGACCCGCCUGCUUCGUAUGACAUCAUUAACUGGCACGUGGCAGCUCAGGGAGCAGGAGAGUUUGUCACUGUGGGACAUUUUCUGUCUGAUCGUUUUCACAUCAACAUGGAGGCAGUGUUGUGGGGAGGAGGCAGCGGAAAAGAGGCAAAGGUGCCUGUGUCUGUGUGCAGCAGCCCUUGUCCCGCUGGAACACGCAGAGCUGUGCAGAGAAGCAGACCUGUGUGCUGCUUUGACUGCCUGCCUUGUGCCGCAGGUUUGUUGGAGUGCGUUCGGUGUCCUGAGCGGUUCUGGUCCAACCCAACCCACACAGUCUGUGUUCCCCAGCAGGUGGAUUUCCUUUCUUACAGUGACACCAUGGGAAUCAUCCUUUCUCUGGUCUCAGCUCUUGGGACAGCACUGACAGCUGCCACAUUUGCCACCUUUCUUUACUACCGACACACACCUUUGGUGCGAGCCAACAACUCCGAGGUGAGCUUCAUGCUCCUGGUGUCGCUCAAGCUGUGCUUCCUCUGUGCGCUGGCUUUCAUUGGACAGCCAGUAGCCUGGUCCUGUAUGCUGAGGCACACACUGUUUGGAAUCAGCUUUGUGUUGUGUAUCUCCUGUCUGCUGAGUCGCACUGUGGUCGUCCUGGUGGCCUUUCGUUCCACGCUGCCUGGGGAAACACUAAUGCGUUACGUUGGUCCUGCUCAGCAGAGACUUGGUAUCUCCAUCUGCACCCUGGUACAGGUGCUGAUCUGUGCUCUGUGGUUGACGCUGGCUCCUCCUCAGCCUGCAGAAAGAAACACUAUGGGCACGUGGGGACCGAAGAUCAUCCUUGAAUGUGCCAUGGGAUCAGUGGUGGCGUUUUCACUUGUUCUGGGUUACAUGGGCCUACUGGCCUGUCUCUGCCUCCUCCUGGCCUUCCUAGCAAGGACACUUCCCGACAACUUCAAUGAGGCCAAGCUGAUCACCUUCAGCAUGCUGAUUUUCUGUUCCGUCUGGGUGACUUUUGUGCCUGCCUACAUCAGCUCUCCUGGGAAGUACACUGUCGCAGUGGAGAUCUUUGCCAUCCUGGCCUCGAGUUUCGGCCUCCUCUUCUGUAUCUUUGCCCCAAAGUGUUUCAUUAUUUUUAUGAGGCCUGGGAAAAACACCAAAAAACAUCUCAUGGCCAGAUAGGUCAAAAGAUGUUUUUGUAGAA